UCUGCGACAGGCUUGCCAGCACACAAAAACCACAACACAGACUCUCAAACAAAUGAAACGUUGCUGAUUGCAUGUGGUUUGCGAAAUAUCGAUGUUGACAAGUAGCAAUACCAGGCCCCCCUGCACCGUCUUCUCAUAGUGCUUUUUUGUGAGCGAGGUCGGGAUGGGCCAGCAGAUCUCAGGCCAGGCAGUGAUGACCAGUCUACCUGAGAAGCUGGUGAAACAUGCCGGGCUUGUACGAGACAGCGGUUACCUCAACUACGAGGAGUUCCUGGGCAGGGUGGCAGAGCUCAAUGACAUGACGUCUAAGCUGGCAGCUAGACAGCAAAAACACCUGAUCUUUGAAGUCCAGACUGGCUCGGACGCCUCUGCUCUGUGGAAAGUGGCUGUGAGGAUAGUUUGUACGAAGAUCAACAAAGAAAAUGGUAUGGUGGAGGCGUCUCGCAUCAUGAACCUGUACCAGUUCAUUCAGCUGUACCAUGACAUUACCAGCCAGGCAGCAGAGGUGCUGUCAGCAGAGGGCGCCAGCCUCCUGUCUGGAAACCUCCCAUCAGGGGACUCCUGUCAGGCCAGCAUAUGGAUGGGCAGGGUGAAGCAGUUGACUGAUGAGGAAGAGUGCUGUAUCUGCAUGGAUGGGAAAUCUGACCUCAUCCUGCCCUGUGCUCACAGCUUCUGUCAGAAGUGCAUUGACAAGUGGAGUGGGCAGAGCAGGAAUUGUCCGAUAUGCCGCUUGCAAGUGACAGCUGCUAAUGAGUCGUGGGUGAUGCCUGAUGCCCCUACAGAGGAGGACAUAGCUGGCUGUAUCCUCAACCUGGCUGACGAGGCAGGCCAUCCACACAGACCUUAAACUACUCAACACUGAGACACUUUGAUAAACUAGUGACAGACAAACUGACAUCGGGAAUAGUUUUGGGUUUUUCCUGCAUUAGUGUAGGGCCUGUAGUUUUUUCCAGACUUGGUGUAGGGCCUGUAGUUUUUUCCUGACUUAGUGUAGGGCCUGUAGUUUUUUCCUGACUUAGUGUAGGGCCUUGGCCUAGUUUUGGGGUAUGUAGGUAGGAUUUUUGUUUGCUUUAUAGAAAUGUGCCUAUGUGAUCUUCACUUUUAGCAACAACCACUGGUUAUAUUUCUUUUAUGUUCUCUUUUUUACUUUUCCAUAUUUUUCCAUGAGGUCGAAGGAGAAUGGCAAGAAUCUUGCAAGCUAAAAGGCGGGCCACAAACGGGUAAAUAACGACGCAGUACAACAAUGGUGUGCAGAACAGCAUCUCACAACUCGUUGGUCCUUGUCACAGAUGGGCUUUUACAGCAGACGACCACACCGGGUUCCACUCUUAUCAGCUAAAAACAAGAAGAAUUGGUUCCAGUGGGAACGCCAUCACCAAUACUGGACAAUUGAGGAGUGGAAAAACACUGCCUGGUCCGACGAAUCCCGGUUCGUGUUGCGUCAUGCUGAGGAGUGGAAAAACACUGCCUGGUCCGACGAAU